AUGAAUGGAAAAACUCUUGAACCAAUCAAAUCAUUUUUUAAAUUUGAUCAUCUUGAAUCAACACAAAAAAAACAGAGUAAUUACUUGAUUUCAGGUAGGUCAAUGUUGAGUAACACAUGCAGUGGUACGCCUCGAAGACAAUCAGCAAUGUCCUCGUCGUCGCUGGUCAUUGAACAGUUAAGUUGCUCCCCAACCUUUCGCCUGAGGUUAUUAGGAUCGUGUACAGAAGCCCAAGGACUUAGAGCUGAGCCACUCAAUAGUAUUACUCUGUGCAGCAAACCUAUUCAUACAAUAAAAGGCAUCCUCACAGGUUUACAGACUUUUAAAAGAAAAAAGUUUUACUCUGUGUUAAAAAAUUCUUAUUAUCUUGAAUCUUAA